AGAUCGAUAUAAUCAAAAAUGCUCGUAAAAGUUGUGCUAUUCGGAUUGUUGGGUGUUUCCAUUCACUUUAUUUUUAAUACACUCCCGUGGUCGGCAAUUGCCGUGCACCCCUGCCUCAGAAGUUGGCACAGUUCCAAUAGUGGAGCUGACUCGAAAAGAGCAGAUGUAUUUUGUACUACUCAUUCUCAUUCUGCUAAUUUUCCUGCUCUCGUGAUGGUUGCCCCUUCAUUCCCUCUUCUCCGUCUCCCUCUGACCAACCUAAAAUAUAUUUUCCGCAACAUGAAAAUCACCGAACUGACCUGCUGCUCACUAAUUUCCAAGAGAACUAAACACUUCAUUCGCCAGUUUUGCAUCUUCAAAGACCUUCUUUGUAAUAUUGGACUGUUUAUGGGUGAUGCAUUAUUCUAUACAAUUUCACGCAAUGGAAAUCGACUUUUUUCAUGUUAUCUCAAAAAUGGUGAAUUUUGUGUAGAAAAUUCGGAUAGAAUAGAGAUCAAAUUGCUGGUAGACGUCAAAAGUUGGUUGAACAACUUAAUUUAUAUCUUCGAUCUACCAAAAAUCAAGCAGUUAUAUUUUGAACUCACAGAUGGAAAUUUCGAUGAACAGCGAUUUCAAAUGCUUAAAGAACUCUUGAAUGGAAUUCCAAUUGAAAACCUUUUCAUCAAAUUCAAUACAGAAACGGAUCACAUCGUCAAACUCUUCACUACAUUCCCACCAAUCAAUUACUUCAAAUUUUGGCACCCGUUAAAACCAUCUCAACUCACAGAACUACGUCCAGUACUGUCCCAGAGAUUUUGUGAACUGGACUUGAUAGCCGAUGUAUCGCUGGAUGAGCUACUUCUCACAAGUAGUCCACGUAUUCAAAUAAUCAGUCAUAUCUUGACAGAUAAGGAAAUCAAUGUGUUCUUGAAACAUUGGAUGGCCGGUUUGCAACCAGAACUCGAAUAUCUUGCAAUCUUUAAUUACCUUACCAAUCGUGUCUUCAAUCCAAACGCUAUUCUCGAAGGAAUCCCCCAUGAGAUUGCACCGCCUGACAGGGAAUUUGAUAUGUGUGGUAUGACUUCUGAACGAGGAGGAAUCGACAUUUGGCUACACCAAGGGAUCAAAGCAACAAUCGUUUUUGCCCAAAUAAACAACAUUUCAAAGAUUUCAAUUGCUGUUCAUGAUACCGAAUAUAUUUCUUUUAAAUGAUCAUAUACAUUUUUGAUAAAUUUGUUUGAUAACGCUGAAAAGUUUAAUAAAAAUUGGAGGCUCUGC